CCCUGUCCAGCCGGCCUUCCAGCCGGCGUCAAGCCCUAUCCAGCCGGUCUUCCAGCCGGCCUCUAGUCCGGCAGCCAAUCCGGCCCCGGGGAGACCCCCAGGGUCAAGGACUGUUCCCCCCAGGACUCCUCCUAAGUCCCCUUGGACUACGCACCCUCAGGUGCAGCCGGGGACUGGGACUUCUCCCCAUCCCCAUGGACUGCCCCCUAUGGGCUCUGGUUUGCAGUGGUGGACAGUAACGAAGUAAAUUUACCCGAGUACUGUACUUAAGUACACUUUUUUGAGUAUCUGUACUUUACUUGAGUAUUAUUUUUUUACUUGUACUUGUACUUUAACUUCACUACAUUUGAAAGACAAAUAUCAUACUUUUUACUCCACUACAUUUAUAAAAAGGUCAAAAAGUAGAAAAUGGUUUCUAUGCAGCGGGUUUUCCGGUGUGCGUCAUUUAUCUUGCUUGCGAUCUUCCAGGACCUUUUACUGUUGCCAAGUAUUUUAUUUUUUCUAAGCUCGCGGUUUUCCGGCAAGCUUUGAAUGGCCAUUUAGCAAAAUAAUUACGCAAAUCUGGCAACUCUGGGAUCUUCCCCGCUAAACUAAUGUAAACGUAGGUGCUGCUACACCAUUGAUAGCGCUCUAAAAAGACAAAUAGAAGAAUAAAAGACGAAAAGGGCACAUGUUAAAGUGUGGUGUAAUCAUCUGUGGGUUACGAUCAGUCAAAGAUCAUAGAAACAUUGUCAUGAAAAUGAUCGGCAUAACGGCUAAACGGUAAAUAAGCAUCACAUACACCUUGAGCUACGCGUGCGUGUUAACUUCUGAUCUGCUGCUAUAUCAUUUAAAGCGAUUUGGAAAAUGAAUGAUGUUUUUACUGAAGUUACUAUAGUUGAAGUAUUCCUGUUGAAAUAAAAACAAUAGAACCCUGCCCAAAAUACAACAGAAAAUGUAAUGGAUUUAAUGGUUAUAAUGGGAAUUGUACUAUGGAUACUUGUUGUCUACUUGUAUGUGAUGGAUUCUAUUGGUGGGAUGGUAAAUCCUAUUGGAAUAAAACCCAAAACACACUACAAAGAGGAAUUUAAUUUAAAAAUCUCAUUCUAAUUCAAAAAUUCAUUGUUUUUUUCAGCAGGGAUGGUAUUUGCAGUAAAACCACAGUAUCAACAUAUUUACCAUUUUCUAUAUAUGGGAACCAUACUCCAAUUAAUAAUCUUUAGUAAAACCACAGCAACUAAACAUAUAAUGAACAUAGUUCAUUAUACUAGCUAUAGUUUACAGUAUGUUUGUAGUUAAAUUAUGGUAAUACAAAUGGUAAUAAAUCCAACAAACACAUGGCUUCUACACUUUACUAUUUACAAGAACCUUACUACUUACUGGUAAAUUGCUGCUAAAACUGGUAAAGGGAAUAUACAAAAUAAAAGAACACUGCUCAUAAAUACAUAUAGGCCUAGGGGGCUAAUGAGGAUAAUUAGGCUAAAUGAUCAUACAGGAUUAUAUCUAAACUAAACAUAUAUGUGCUAAACAUAUAAAGCUCUUAAAGGAGUUGCUCACUGCAAAAUUUGCCCCCAUUGACUUUCCAUAGUAGGAAUAAAAACUACUAUGGAAAGUCAAUGGGGGCAAAUGUUGAAUUGAACUACUCCUUUAAUACCACUGAUACUGUGAGCUACUCUGUGUAUUCAGUAGGUUGCUUCAGAGGCAUAAGGUAUACGACAAUAAAACAAUGCACAACUGACAUAAAGGACAUUUACUUUUAAUACUUGAGUACUUUUAAAAGCAUGUACUUCUGUACUUUUACUUAAGUAAGAAUCUGUCUUUACAACUUUUACUUGUAGUGGAGUAAUAUUUGACCAGUAGUAUCUGUACUUUCACUCAAGUAAGGAAGUUGUGUACUUCGUCCACCUCUGCUGGUUUGGCCCCUCCCAUGUUUGUUAUUUUUGAUGUCCCACCCAAGUCCUGUUGUUGUCUUGUCAUGUUUGCCCUUGAUUUUGUUUUCUUUGUUUUGCCUUGUCCUGUCUGUCUCCCAGUCUGUCAUGUCUUGUUUGUCAACCCCUUGGUGAACACCUGGGGGUGUUCAUUAAGGGGGGGGGCUCUGUCACGGUCCCACCGUCUUGUUUAUGAUAUUCUAGUCGUGUGGUGGGAUUGGGGCAGAGUCCUUAGGUUAUGUGUGGAGAGAAACAUAUUAUUGUCCGUUUGACAAUAAUAUACGUUCUCUCCAGUGUCUUGUCAUUGACCCCAUUCCUCUCUUUUCCUUGUCAUCUUCUCCUGAGUGUUUAAUUACCCACACCUGCCCCGUGUCAUUAUCCCUUGUUUGUCUUACCUAUAUAUACCCUCAUGUUUCUUUGUCCUGUGUUCGGUCAUUGUGUUUGUGCGUGGUGUCCUUGCUAUGUACUCCAGGUUCGCUGUGUUCCUGUGUGCUGUGUAAAUACCAGUCCUAGUAAGUGUUUAGUCUAGUCCAGUCAUUUAGUGUCUAGUGUUAUGUUAGUUUAGUCCAGUCCAGUUUAUUGUUCCUGUCUAUGUUCGUGUAUUAUUUAUCUGUUAGUGUUUAAUCCCCUUGUGGAUCUUUGUUUUGUGUUUUGUUUAUUUAAUUAAAGUUUUUUGUUAACCCCUUGAUCUCCGCCUGCCUGCAAUUGGGUUCUUUUCCUGCCACAGUCCUUGACACUCUAACCAUCUAAACUACCUAUGGUUGUUAAAAUUGACGAAAAAACACGUUUGGGUGAUCACGUCUGACUCGAAACACCAAGGAUUUAGUGAGUGCCCUAACCACUGAGCUACAGGGAAGCAUUUCAUGCACACGCACACAUGUCUGGUUUACUAUCUCCGUGGGGACAGUCCAUAGGCGUAAUGAGUUGUAUACUGUACAAACUGUAUAUUUAUCCCCUAUCCCUAACCCAACCCCUAAACCUAAAGAUCAUAGAACACUUUUUGCAUUUUUAGAUUUUCAAAAAUGAUCGUUCUGUACAAUUUAUUAGCUUUUGUGCCCAUGAGGACAUCAAUUUUGAGAGGUGAGUCCCCAUGAGUUGGUGUGCAUUCAGGUUUAGGUCCCCACCAGGAUAUACAAACAUGUCCGCACACACACACUGUUGACUGUCUUGUUUGACGAGUCACCUACUAGUCACACCUACUUGUGACUCAUGUUUUAGUAACCAACUUUCGAUUUCUUUAAACUGGUGACUGACAGUGAUACCAGCUAAAAACCAGAUGUGGGCUGAGAAAUCAAGUAAGAAAGCAUCUUUUAUACUCUCCAGAGGCACAUUCAACUCUGACAAGCCAUUUCAUCUUUAGCCUUUUUCACAGACACACUGAGCAUCCAAAAACAUGUCUGAAGAGCCAGUGUUCAAGAGAACGAAGCAUGCGGACAUGAUUUCAUUGAGUCGUAAAGAGAUGGAUACGUCGAAUAACACUGCAGAUACAGAGACGCCACCGACAACCAACGACCUACAGCAGGAAAGGAUGGAUGAGUCACGUAGGAAUGAAGUUGCAAAUGAACCUUUAGAAGACCAGCAGCAGGAAGCAGAAGAGAAAACAUUCAAGUAUCGUUUAAACACUCAAAUAUAUUCAGUAACUUGUGAUACAUCUAUAACCGUACUAGAUGCUCUUAAUGCAACUGAUGUCUUCAAGAAAGAAAAGGAAAAACAUAGAAACAAAGAGCAUCUUGUACUUCUGCGAAGAUCUAAAGACAUGCGCACAGCCGCUGUGAAGACGGAUUUCCCCUGCUGUCUUAUUGACAACGAUGAGAUCAUAGAUGUAACCUUCAUUAGAAAUAAUGAAAGCGCUUCUACCAAACAAAACACGACUGAACAAAAACAACAUAAACCUGACAUGUUUGUCAAUUUCUAUGUUAACAAAGAGGGAGGUGAAAAAGUGAAAUACAUACUAAAGAGCAAAGCACUGAGAACCAGAGUAGAAUAUGUUUGUGUAUAUGCACACAAAGAAGAGACAUUGAAAACCGCUCUUAUGCGUGACGGGCGAUUCACCGAUAAAAUGUUCCAGAAACACUGUGCGCUCUCUGAGUUGGGUACAGAGAGCAGACAUGAAAUGUCACAGCCGGUGAAACCUCUUGACCAAAAGAUUUUCAAAGUAAUUGUUCUCAAUGACACCAAACAGCCCGAUAGUCAAGAUGAUUUAGCUCGCGUCAAGACUAAAUCCAACGUCACCUCAGAUACUGAUGUGGCAAAUACCAGCCAGAAACCAGUAAACACCGAGCAAGAAAACAAACCCAACGAACACCCAGCAAAGCCCACACCUAAAGACACUUCAACAUCAAACUCUAAAGAGAUUCUGGAAAUGUUCCGUGAUCAGUUCACAGGUUUUCUAGAGAACCUAAUGAACAGAGAGAACCUUGGGAACAAAGCUCAGGUGCAAAACUUCUUCAGAGAAGAAUACGCUAAAAGUGUUCAGAGUUUCUUGGAGGUGAAGAAAGUGAAGAUGCUUGCAAAGCUGUCUGAUGCUGUCUGUCAGAUUCUUGUGGAGGGUAGACCUGAGGGAACUGGCUUCUUACUCUUCGACAGAUAUGUCCUCACUAAUGCACAUGUUAUUGAGCCCUUUGCUAGUUGCAUUCAGGUGGAUCCUUAUCCAUUAAUACAGCUCCAGAAGACUGUAACGACUGUAUUUAAUUUUGAAGAUUACCAGUCCAAACAACUGAUAGAACUACCAGUUAAGGCAGAACUUUAUGCUUUUGCAUAUGGAGAAGACAGCAAGGGCAGGCGUCUUGACUACGCUCUUCUUGAACUGGAAACCGAUCCACCUGCUGACAUUCCAAAAUUGCUCGAUCGUCGCAGCUUUACCCCUCCACGUGCCGGAAGUCAGAUCUGCAUUGUGGGUCAUCCAGGUGAAGGGGUGAAGAAAGUGGACCCCUGCUUCAUCAUUGGCUUGGUGAAUGCACAAAGACCUAUGGAUAAUGCCCUUCAUGUCAUUACACAACAAUACUUUGAAAAAAACAAGAUCACUUAUGACUCUUGUUUCUCUCACGGAUCUUCUGGUUCUCCAGUUUUUGAUGAACACUGCUAUCUGAUUGGCAUUCACACUGGUCAUUUUCCUUACAAAGAUGAAUCUACCACUGAACAGAGAAAUAUAGAAUACGCCUUUUCUCUGCAGCCCAUCCUGGAAGAUAUUGAUCUGCAGAUGGAGAGCAAAAAACGUUGUUGCUAGAUUAGCUGAGUUUUGCCCAGCCCGAUAUCCUGAGAUUCUUCUUUCAGACAAAUACAGUCGGAGUUAGAUUUCCAUUUAUCUCGGCUCUUCCAAGCUUUAGAAUGGGAGUGCAUGGAGAAUGAGAUUUUGAAGCUUAAAGGGAUAAUUCAGCCCCAAAACAAAAUGACACCAUGUUUUACUCACCCUCAAUGCAUCCUAGGUGUAUAUGAUUUUCUUCUUUCAGAUGAAUACAGUCAGAGUUAUAAUAGCAUUUAUCCUUGGCCUUCCAAGCUUUAGAAUGGGAGCGAAUGAUCCAUGGAUGCACUUUUUGGAGCUUUAAAAUCUCAUCCACCAAAGAACUGCUAGACCGUAUUAUUAUACGACUGUAUACGUCUGAAAGAAGAAAGUCAUGCCUUGAGGGUGAAUAAAACAUGGUGUCAUUUUUUAUAUGCCUCUAAAAUACACCUUUACUGUCACACUUUUGGCAACCCGAGUCCUGGCUAAAGGUCCAUUCCCGACCCUGACCCUUCUCUCUCCCAUUUUGCUUUCUGUCCUCUUUCCACUGUAUAACAAAAGGCCUAAAAUAAAUCUUGAAAAAAAAUUAAUAAUCCCAUGCAGACCCCACAUGGAUAAUGUAGUGCGAGCGGGUGUUUUAUACCUCUCUGUAUUAAUCUCUGCUCCUGCAGUUCCAGUGGAAGUGAUUUGGAUGGGCGGAGAUUCUCUCCAUGAGCACAUCAUCAAGUGACACACCCUCUUUCUCAGGCUCCACCCCUUUAUCUUCAUCAACAUCUGACAGUAAGACUAAACGGAAAAAGCAGUUUGGAUCAUUCCCAUUACCUUGACAUCUCACGAGUGUCUGGACAAUCUACUUUGACUUCUUGUUUUUUUCCAUUAUUCUGUUCUCAGUGUUGAUUCCUUUUUUUUUUUUUUACUUUAUUUUGCACUAUGGGAAUGAGAACGGGGGUGGGGGUAUGAGAUGUGCUUAAUAGUUCAAUAAUAAUUAUAACUCUAGCUCAAAAAGUCAUGGGUUCUGAAUUAUAAACUAUUGCUUUGUGUGCACUGAAUUCAGUCUACUAAAUAAACGCAUAU